AUGACACACUCACACAAUGACUUCUACGCUCCCGGCUCUGAUAUGCUCCUGCUGUCGAGCGACGAUGUCAAAUUCUGCGUCCACCGUUGCAUACUAGCAGCCGCUUCUCCAUUCUUUGAACACAUGUUUGCAUUACCACAGCCUCCUGACGAUCCAACAAACGAAGAACGUCGUCCUGUAAUCCCCGUGUCGGAGCCUAGCUCAACCGUGCACACGCUUCUGCGUUUCGUCUACCCCGUACCUCAUCCUACCACUUCAUCCCUUGACGAGCUCAGCAAUAUUCUCGGAGUCGCAGUCAAAUACGACUUCCUCGGUGUCAUCUCCUCUCUUCGCAAGCAGCUUAUCACCCCCGCGUAUCUGAAAGAUGAUCCCGUGCGAGUGUUUGCAAUUGCGAGUCGUUACGAAUUCGAGCAUGAAGCUCAGGUUGCGUCACGACACACGCUCUCCGUCAACAUCCUUGACUGUCCAUUGUCGGAUGACUUCCGGUUCAUCACAGCGCACUCAUAUCAUCGCCUCCUCGUCUUGCACAAGAAACGUUCGAAGGAUGCCCAAGCGCUCCUGAAGAUUCCAGAAGACGUGAAGUGCUUGCAGUGCUCAGGGCCGUAUUAUGGAGCGUUUGUACCGCCAAAGUGGUGGAAGGAGUUUGAAAGAAUGGCCAGAGUAGACCUGGAAAUACGGCCAACCACAGAUGUUAUCUUCAGCAUGCCAUUCUUUGCGCGGGCCGCAGAGGCAUCAGGAUGCGCGCGAUGUGCGAGUAGCAUUCUGGACUCGCAUGAAUUCUUAUCAGAUCUCAAGCGACAGAUCGACGAGCUUCCUGCUACUAUAUGA